UUGUUUUAAAACAUUUAUUUACUAAUUUAUUUUCUAGUUUUUUUCAUUUUCAUAUUAUUUGCAUGCUUUUGAAGAACUGAUAAUUUGCCCUCCCGUGGUUUGGCAAACAUUAAGAAUGUUCACUCUGCACUUAGUUUUGGAUGAGGAAAACUUGUAUUAUUGUAACUGAUUAUGGGACCAGAAAAAAGUGUUUCCUCUUCACAUCCACUGGAAAAUGGGUUCUACCAAGGCUGUGAAAGUGAAAGACAAUGAUUACAAAAUCUUCAACAAAUAAAGGCUCGCAUGGAGGUGGAUGCUGAUGGAAAUGGUGCUAAAAUCUUCGCUUACGCCUUCGACAAGAACCGGGGCCGGGGCUCGGGGCGCCUCCUGCACGAGCUGCUCUGGGAGAGGCACAGGGGAGGGAUUGCUCCUGGCUUCCAGGUGGUGCACCUGAACUCGGUGACCGUGGACAACCGCCUGGACAAUCUGCGCCUCGUGCCCUGGGGCUGGAAGCCCAAGGCUGAGGACAUCUCCAGCAAACAAAGGGAACAAAGUCUGUACUGGCUGGCAAUCCAACAACUUCCUACAGACCCCAUAGAAGAGCAGUUUCCUGUCCUGAAUGUAACCAGAUAUUACAAUGCUAAUGGGGAUGUUGUGGAGGAGGAGGAGAACUCCUGCACUUACUAUGAAUGUCACUACCCUCCCUGCACAAUGAUUGAAAAACAGCUCCGCGAGUUCAACAUCUGUGGGCGCUGCCAGGUGGCGCGGUACUGCGGCUCGCAGUGCCAGCAGAAGGACUGGCCGGCCCACAAGAAGCACUGUCGGGAGAAGAAAAGAACCUUCCAGCAGGAGCUCGGCCCUGAGCGGUGACCGGGCGGCAGAGGCCUCUCAGCAGCAGGAUUCCUUCCCAAAGGCAUUGGACUCUUGCUUUUGCACAGUAUGACAGACUGCUUAUCAAAGACAGAGGCACUGAAGAAAAACCCUGUGAUGCUUGAGCAGAAUGGCUGACUGGACUAAGCCAGCUCUGACUGGUGCUGUGGAAAGGGAUCGGGUCUGCCCUUCCAGUAUUAUAUUCUCAAGCAAAAAGACUACUGUGGAGCUCCAGGCAGGAAGCUUCUCAUUAUUUAUAUGUUAAUACGUUUGUAAACUCAUGUACAGUUUUUGUUAGGAAUUCUUGAUAGCAUUCAUUAACUGUAAUGUUCAGAUGAGAACAUGUUGUUGGCCUAAAAGUUAAAAAAAAAGAAAAAAAAAAAAAGAAAAAAAGUCAUGUAGCAAAAGCUUUUCCUCCCAUGUGGCAGAAGUGUCUGUGGCAGUGCCAAGGCCAGCGGGGCAGGCUCUGGCAUCAGCACUUACUCUGGAGAACUCUGCAUGGAAGCUCUAUUUCAAAAAAAUACAAACAUAAAAAAGAGCAAACAAAGUAAAGGUUGGAAUGAAUCCAUGUCUGCUCUCUGGCUUUUUCCCCUUCCCUUCCAGCUGCCUUCAGAGCUCAGUCACCCUGGCUGCUGGCAGUCCCUGCAGGCAGGAGCAGUGCCCCAGGAACUGGCGUGGGGCAAAGGGACCCUCUGGGAUCUGAGUCCAGGACUGCAGCUGGGGCUGCUGGAGAUGGGCCUUGGAGCAGCCAGGAUUCCCAGGGAGCUGGACCAGCUCUCUGUUCCAAAGCCUUGCACAGAAGGCAGUGCUAGGGGAGCUCAGGGAGCAGCUGUGUGUGGAUGUGGUCGCCCUCGUGGCUUCCCCGUAGCAUAGGAAACACUCCAGUCAUGUGCAGAGAUGUUUAAAUAUCUAAUACUGGGUGAUUUGAAUUAUUUAUUCACUUCUUUAAGAGUUGUCAUCAAUCCAAGAAUCACUUUUUGAUUUUUUUUAAUGUAGUAAUGAGUAAAAGUAGUAUGGGAGGAGGAUUUCCCUUGCAGAGCACAUGCCUAUUUUUCUUUUCAUGAAUAAUUAUUUUCUAUUCCAUUUUUGCCUUAGAAGUGUAAGGAACAUCACUUGAGUUUCCUGAAGAGCUAAAUGGAUAAUUUAGUGCCAGGUGUUAGUCUUGCUUCACAGUAGAAGAAUGUGAGCUGCUGAGUGCUUAAUGCAGAGCCUUUCUUGGAGUGCUUAGUGAAAAUUUUUUUGUAAAAGCCGUUUAGAAUUUUGAUUUUUCAAUCAGGAUUCACUUUGCCACUUCAUGUUGCAAUGUUGGUCUUGCUUGUAUUCAAUUUGUUAGAAAAUUGAUCUGCUGUGGACUUCCAAUAUUAUAUUCUGUUUCUAAUAUCUGCA